GCUCAGUGCGCGGUGGCGGCGGCGGCGGCGGUGCGGACAGCUGGCGCCGCGCGAUCCUGCUCCGCCGGGCGCACGGACGCACCGGCGAGCCGACGCUGGAAGCACGGGGCGCGGGCGUCCGGCCGGCGGACAAGGAGCCGGAGCAAGAGCCGCGGGCAGCGAGUGGGCGCCAGCGGCCGCCAGACUGCCUAGCGGCGCCCUCCUCCCGCCGGUGCCAGAGCGGGGCCAUGGGGGGCAGCAUGCCCGCGCGCGCCGCCUGAGGACGUCGUAGCCCCCGCCCCCACUAUGGGCGCCCUGGCUCGCGCCCUCGCGUUCUGCGUGGCCGUGGCGGUCGUGACCGGCGCCGCCUCGGGGCCCCCCGGCAUGGAGCAGCGCGUCGUGCGGAGAGCGGCAGAGGCCCCGGGACCUGAGCCCGGCCCGCAGGAGCAGCUGGUCUUUGGCAGCGGGGACACCGUGGAGCUGAGCUGCCACUUGCCUGCAGGUGGCCCCACAGGGCCCAGCGUAUGGGUCAAGGACGGUGUGGGGCUGGCGCCCUCAGACCGCAUCCUGGUGGGGCCUCAGCGGCUGCAGGUGCUGAAUGCCUCCCACGAGGACACGGGGGCCUACAGCUGCCGGCAGCGGCUUACCCAGCGCGUGCUAUGCGACUUCAGCGUGCGCGUGACAGAUGCCCCGUCCUCCGGGGAUGACGAAGACGGAGAGGAUGAGGCUGAGGACACAGCCGGGGCCCCUUACUGGACGCGGCCCGAGCGGAUGGACAAGAAGCUGCUGGCCGUGCCGGCCGCCAACACCGUCCGCUUCCGCUGCCCGGCCGCCGGCAACCCCGCUCCAUCCAUCUCCUGGCUGAAGAACGGCAAGGAGUUCCGGGGGGAGCACCGCAUCGGGGGCAUCAAGCUGCGACACCAGCAGUGGAGCCUGGUCAUGGAGAGCGUGGUCCCGUCGGACCGCGGCAACUACACGUGCGUUGUCGCGAACAAGUUCGGCAGCAUCCGCCAGACCUACACCCUGGACGUGCUGGAGCGCUCUCCGCACCGGCCCAUCCUGCAGGCGGGGCUGCCGGCCAACCAGACGGCGGUGCUGGGCAGCGACGUUGAGUUCCACUGCAAGGUGUACAGCGACGCCCAGCCCCACAUCCAGUGGCUGAAGCACGUGGAAGUGAACGGCAGCAAAGUGGGGCCCGACGGCACCCCCUACGUCACCGUGCUCAAGUCCUGGAUCAGUGAGAGUGUGGAGGCCGACGCGCGCCUCCGCCUGGCCAAUGUGUCCGAGCGUGACGGGGGCGAGUACCUCUGUCGAGCCUCCAAUUUCAUAGGCGUGGCUGAGAAGGCCUUUUGGCUGCGUGUCCACGGGCCCCAAGCAGCCGAGGAGGAGCUGCUGGAGGCCGGCGCGGCGGGCAGCGUGUAUGCGGGCGUCCUCAGCUACGGGGCGGGCUUCCUCCUCUUCAUCCUGGUGGUGGCCGCCGUGACACUGUGCCGUCUGCACAGUCCCCCGAAGAAGGGCCUGGGCUCGCCCACCGUGCACAAGGUCUCCCGCUUUCCACUCAAGCGACAGGUAACAGUGUCCUUGGAGUCCAACUCGUCCAUGAACUCCAACACGCCGCUGGUGCGAAUCGCCCGGCUGUCUUCCGGGGAGGGUCCUGCGCUGGCCAACGUCUCCGAGCUCGAGCUGCCCGCCGACCCCAAGUGGGAGCUAUCCAGGGCCCGGCUGACCCUGGGCAAGCCUCUCGGGGAGGGCUGCUUUGGCCAAGUGGUCAUGGCAGAGGCCAUCGGCAUUGACAAGGACCGGGCCGCCAAGCCUGUCACUGUGGCCGUGAAGAUGCUGAAAGACGACGCCACAGACAAGGACCUGUCGGAUCUGGUGUCGGAGAUGGAGAUGAUGAAAAUGAUCGGCAGACACAAGAACAUCAUCAACCUGCUGGGGGCCUGCACGCAGGGCGGGCCCCUGUACGUGCUGGUGGAGUACGCGGCCAAGGGGAACCUGCGCGAGUACCUGCGGGCGCGGAGGCCGCCAGGCAUGGACUACUCCUUCGACACGUGCAAGCUGCCCGAGGAGCAGCUCACCUGCAAGGACCUGGUGUCUUGUGCCUACCAGGUGGCGCGGGGCAUGGAGUACCUGGCCUCGCAGAAGUGCAUCCACAGGGACCUGGCGGCCCGCAACGUGCUGGUGACCGAGGACAACGUGAUGAAGAUUGCGGACUUUGGUCUGGCCCGCGACGUGCACAACCUUGACUACUACAAAAAGACCACCAAUGGCCGGCUGCCCGUGAAGUGGAUGGCACCGGAGGCCUUGUUUGACCGAGUCUACACCCACCAGAGUGACGUCUGGUCCUUCGGGGUCCUGCUCUGGGAGAUCUUCACUCUGGGGGGCUCACCGUACCCCGGCAUCCCCGUGGAGGAGCUCUUCAAGCUGCUGAAAGAGGGCCACCGCAUGGACAAGCCGGCCAACUGCACACACGACCUGUACACGAUCAUGCGGGAGUGCUGGCACGCGGUGCCCUCGCAGAGGCCCACCUUCAAGCAGCUGGUGGAGGACCUGGACCGCAUCCUCACCGUCACGUCCACCGAUGAAUACCUAGACCUGUCGGUGCCCUUCGAGCAGUACUCGCCGGGCGGCCAGGACACCCCCAGCUCCAGCUCUUCGGGGGACGACUCUGUGUUUGCCCAUGACCUGCUGCCUCCGGCCCCUCCUGGCAGCGGGGGCCCUCGGACGUGAAGGGCCACCGGCCUGCAGGCCGAGCCCCCACCAAUGUGAGAGCAGACCCCAGCUCACCGUGCCGCCGUCGACCGCAGGGGCCCCCUGGCCUGGGCCUCAGACCUGGGCCAGAUGGACGGAUGGACAGACAGCUUCGUGUGUGUGCGCCUGUGUGAGCGCGUGAGUCUUGAGGCCCCCGGCGCCCCGGCGCAGGGUCCCUGGGGUGCCUGCCCUGCUGUAUGAUGACCUCCUGGCCACGUGUGCUGGCAGCACCAGGGGGACCGAAUGUAGAAUGUAAAGGGGCUCCUUCCUGGGGCCCCUCCCCCAGGCUCCCCCCACACAUCGCUGCCCCCCCCGGGAGCACUGUGGGGGGGGGCCGGCCAAGCUCUGGCAUCCAGCGUGGACCGAGGCCCCUCCACUUGCCGAAGCUGAGCCUGCAGGGAAGCCUCCCCCCGCCCCGCCCCCCCAUGAUACACCUCCCACCCAAGCGGCACCUUGGGCCUGGGGGGGAGUGCUAGCCCGCAGCCUCCCCCCACCUCCAGGCCUCCCCACUUCCCACCCUGCUCCUUGGGAGACUGAAUUACGGGUACCUGAAGGCAGGAGGCUUUAACUUCUGUCCGAGAGGUUCGUUCCAGAAAUGAGUGUACAUUUAUAUAAAUAGAUGCUGUGUACAGGAUCUACACAUACGUAUAUAUAGAGAUACCUAUACGGAGGGAGGAGGGCUGGUCUAAACGGGCACGGGACCCUGAGGGUGCAGGAGGGAGGCGCAGCUGCCGGCCCGGGAGGUUCCCGAGGGAUCUGCUGAGAUCAACGCGAAAGCCAGCAGGAGAUCGAGAGGCUUUUCUGGCAACGCAGUUUUGUUUUAAAAAUUGUAUAUUUGUAAAGCUAUUUAUCGACCCCCAGAACCCCCGGCCCUGUGCCCCUCUCCCCCCCCCCCCCCCCCCCCCCGUGCUCAUAGUGUUCAGCCAGCCGCGUGGCAGAGAGGUCUCAGUUUUAACUUAUUAACAGCCGAGAAGGUUCCUGCUUCAUGUAGAGGGCCCGCUAAGGGCUUCACCCCAAAGCCCAGCCAGGUCCCUUGCACCCUUAAGGGUCGUUAAUAGUUUGAGGUGAUUCUAGUGAGGAUAUUUUAUUUCCUUUGGCCUUCUUUCACAGGGGAAUUAGGUUUCUAUAGGGUUUUUCUUUAGGAGAUGUAUUUUUUGGACUUCAAAGCAAGCUGGUAUUUUCAUACAAGUUCUAAUUGCCAUGUGUUCUGAGUGAGGAGGCAGUUUCCGGGGGGGGAGGGGGGGGCAACCCUGCACGCAGGUUCAGAUGUUAUUAGAUGUUACAAGUUUAUAUAUAUCUAUAUAUAUAAUUUAUUGAGUUUUUACAAGAUGUAUUUGCUGUAGAUUUAACACUUCUUACGCAAUGCUUUUAGACUUUUAUAGCCCAGACUGCUACCUUUCAAAGCUUGGGAGAGAAAGCCGUGAAUUCAGUUUUGUUACUUUUUGUACUGUUAAUGGCCCGCAUUUGGGUGGCUGUCUUGCUCAUCCGCCCGCCAGCCGGGCAGCGGUCCAGGGUGGUCUCUGUUCUCAGGUCCCCAGCCUCAUGGGGGUCAAAGGUGUUGGCCCAAACUGGCAGAUGCGCUUUCCAAAAAAUAAACAGAGACAACUGGUUCACA